AUGACACGCUCAGAUUCAGAUCUGUCAUCAUUAUCGUCAGCACCGCCGACAGAUGAUGAAGCUAUGGCUGUCGACGAAGCCCCCGUUGGCAUUGCAAAGUACUUCAAGAAGGAGUCGGAGACUCCGCCGCCAAAGCGGGAGCCAUCACCACCGCAUGAAUAUGUGCUGGCAGAUAACCCCAGUAUUGCCUUUAUCGUCAUGUUCCGCGCGCGAUUCCAUGACGCUUUUCCUCGCAGCCUGCCACAUUUUGGUCCACAGGACAUCGAGAGAGGUGUUGAAGAGCCUACUCCAGGCGAAUAUAUCGAGCGACUGCUUUGCGCAUUGUUAGGUCUUGUUUUGAACCGCAAGAAAGAUGUUGAGUACGUUCGCCACCCGAUACUCGGUCCCGCGCAGACCCCGACAACCCGCGCGCUUUUCACCCUCGUCCGCCAAUUGACUACAGAAUCUAUCGCUAAUCAAAUGGUUACCAUUUUUAGACGGAAUCAUUACACACGGCCACUGGAAGAGGCGAUUCAUACCCACCAACCGCAGUGGCCGAAAUCGUGGGAGGGCAAGAAUCCCCUUCAUGGAGGCCGUAGCUUCACGACCAUGACACCCGAACAACGACUUGAGCUGCUUAGGUCUUUGAUCCUCUGGUCACUUUCGUCGUCCGAAGCUAUUCAGGCUAAGGUCAAGGAGUCUUAUAAGCAAGCGCGCCACGACGACGACCUCAACCAGCCUCUAUCCGUUCAGUCAUGGGGCCGUGAUAGCUUGAAACGGCGAUACUGGCUCAUUGAAGGGCAAGAUGAUACCAACUUUCGCUUGUACCGAGAGAGCAACCCUGCCCUCAAACAUGUAAGCUGGUGGAGCGUUGCAGGGAGUAUCCCCGAGAUACAGGAAAUCGCCGAUAAACUGCAGCAAGAAAAAGGUACAAAUUCGAAGAAGCUUGCCGAAAGGAUAUACAAUGCCAUUCCCCGGUUCGAAGCAUCAGAAGAGAAACGCAAACGUCGGGACUACCGUCUUGCUCGCAAGGCGGCAUUCACCCGACCUGAGCCUGGAUUUUCCAUGUACGAAGGCCGAACGCGUGGUAAAAAGUUGAAGUAUACAUACUCCGACGAUGAGGACAUCUUCUCCGAUGAGCAGCCUUCCAGGCGAUCCGCUCGCAAUACAUCUUCCAACGUGGCAGCUCCCGAGCCUCGUACUAGAUUCACAGCCAGUGGGCGGCAGAUCCGGUCUCGUGCUGGGGGUCUUUACGGAGAGACAUUGCUUACUGGACAACGUGAAGACUCCGAAGAAGAGGAAGAGGAUAUCGCAAGACCGCAGAGAGCCCGAACUUCCACCAACCCCAAUGGUUAUUCCGGGUAUGCUGCCGAUGACCUUGAGGACGAGUCGGAAGCCCAGUCUAGUGCAGUUGAGAGUGGGAACGAGUGGCAAAGCGGGGACGACGGAAAUGAGGGUGAGGGUGAAGAUGAAGGAGAAAAUGCGAGCGGGGAUGAAUCCAUUACGAAUGGCGAGCCCCAAAGUCUGGUGGUUCAGCUUCGUGUCGGCAAAAUCAAUGUCCCCAGUGAACACAAACCAUCCGACGAUGAACCUCCUCCUGCAAAAGAUGUUCAGAUGAAGGAUGUCAGUGAAGCUGUACCACCAAAAUCACAGCCCGCUGCAGACCAAGUACCACCGCAGGCACUGAGCCCCCAACAGGUCUUUAGAGCUUCAGUGGUAGCUGAACCUCCUAUACCCUCCGAACCCACGCCCCAAGAGACUAUUCUACCGAUGACGGCAAGUGCAUCAAGCAUGCCUACUGCCCCGUCGGCAGAGACACCGAAAUCUAUGCAGCCAGUUGAGUCUAAUGGAUUGCCUCGAGAUAGCACCGGGACUGAGAAUCGGCCGCAACCUGGACUGCCCCAACCACAAGCACCUACUACCCAAGGCUGA